AUGGCAUCUCUAGCUCUCGCCUUUUCUGAGGGUGAUGAAACCAAGCUGUGGUCCUCGGGGGACUCUGCACUGUCAUCUAAGCUCCCGGCAGGAGUGGUCAGGAGGCUGAGCCCCUCUGAGUUCUGCAGUGUGCCAGAUGUUAGACACCAUCCACGGCUCGCAGCACAGGUGCUGAGGCCCCACUUCCAUCACUGUUUGGGGGUCAGAUGCCAUGAUGCCCACCCAAUACUGGUUCUAACACUCUUUGCCAGUGUGCUGGUGACUUGGCUCGAGGCUGCUGAACUCACUGUGGGCUUCCAGGCUCCUGGGAAUAUCUCCCAUCCACUCAGUGUGCAAAGGCUGGGUGUGGGUCUCCAGAUUGCCAUGGACGAGAUCAACUCACAGUCAGCGGACCUCGGAAACUUCAGCUGGGAGUUCACUUACACCAACGCAACCUGCGGCGCCGAGGAGGCUCUUGCUAUUUUCACCAGCCAGGUCCAGAGAGAACAGAUUUCUGCCGUGUUUGGACGAGCAUGCCCAGAAGCAGCAGAGGUUAUUGGUUUGCUGGCCUCUGCGUGGAACAUCCCCAUCUUUGACUUUGUUGGACACGCAGAGAAACUGGAGAACGACUUCUUAUAUGACACCUAUGUGAGACUUGUGCCACCCACGCGUGAGAUUGGUGAUGUGCUCCAGAAAAGUCUCCAGUACCUGGGCUGGAAACACACUGGGAUGUUUGGGGGUCCCUCUGGGACUUCCUCCUGGGAUAGAGUGGAUGAGCUACGGAGGAUUGUAGAGAAUGAACUCAAAUCCCGUUUCACCACCACCGCCCAGGCCAAAUACACCAACCACGAUCCAGCCCUCCUGUGAGAGAAUCUUAGGACCCUGUCAGCAACUGCCAGGAUAAUCAUCCUAAUCUGCAGCUCAGAGGAUUCGAACGUCAUUCUGCUGGCUGCGGAGAACCUGGGACUCUAUGCUGGAGGGUUCGUUUUCAUGGUGCUGCAGCAGUGGCAGGACAGUUUCUGGAGGGAGGUGCUAACAAAUCAGAAGGGGACGCACUUCCCCACCACCUAUGAGUCUGUGCGUCUCAUCGCCCUCAGCUCCCACGGAGAAGGUCCUGGAGAUGAAGGCUUCCGACAAGAAGUCCACUGAAGGCUGAGGGGGCCGCCCUCCCACAGCUCUGUGUCCGCAGAGGAGCAGGUGAGCCCUCACUCUGCCUGUCUUCACGACUCGGCCCUGCUCUAUGCUCAGACGGUGAAGUUCAUGAUGAAGGCACGGCAGCUGGUCAGCACUCUGAAAGGUUUUAAUCGGACCGUGUUGCAAGGGAUCACUGGCCCAGUGUUUGUGGACUCCCAGGGAGAAAGGCGUACGGAUUACUCUGUCUAUGCCCUACGGAAAUCCAGGAACGGGUCACUCUGUCUUCCUGUUCUUCAUUAUGACAGCUGUCAGAAGGGAAUCAGAAGGGAACACUGCAGAAGCAAGAGAGACAUUUGGUGGCAGAUCAAUUACGAUGACAUCACCAUUCUGCCCAAGAACAAGCCGGCCCAGAGAGGCACACCUGUGUUGAGAGGGGACAGCAGCAAUGUCCCUAGUGUGAUGAUUUCUGGGGACUUCAGCUCCUUUGUCAAGAGUCAGCAGUGGGAAGAGCUCUUUCAUGCCCCAGCAGGCCUUUACCAGGGAAACCAUGUGGCCAUCUGCUAUGUUGGUGACCAAGCAGAAGCCUGGAUCCGGAAGCCAUCUGUGCUGCAGGAAAUCCAGCUGGUGUAUGAAUUGAGGCAUGAAAACAUUGUUCCCUUCUUUGGUGUUUGCAUUGUCACUCAGUAUUGCAAAAAAGGAAGUCUUAAGGAUGUUUUGCGAAAUUCUGAUACUGAAAUGGAUUGGAUAUUCAAGCUCUCAUUUGCAUAGGACAUAGUCAAUGGCAUGCUGUUCCUUCAUAGGAGCCCACUGAGGUCCCAUGGAAACCUGAAGCCUUCCAGCUGCCUGGUGGACGGUCGGAUGCAGGUGAAGCUGUCGGGGUUUGGGCUGUGGGAGCUCAAGUAUGGCCAGACAUAUGGAACCUAUGAGAAAACGGCGGACCACUCAGAGCUCUAUUGGGCCGCCCCAGAGCUGCUGCGGCCCCCAGAGGCGCGGUCGGGCACCCCCAAGGGAGACGUUUACAGCUUUGCCAUUCUGAUGAGGGAGCUGAUUCACCAGCAUGACCGCUGGCCUUUCGAUGACCUUGAUGAGACACCGGAUGGUGAGGCGGGGAGCGUUCAGAGACCCCACGCUCCAGGCCCCCUCCGACCCUCCCUGUUGGAGGAGAAGGGCGGUGAGAAGAUCGCGGCUCUGGUGAGGACGUGCUGGGAUGCGUCUCUGGAGAAGAGGCCGUUCGGUUCCAUCAAGAGAAUCCUACGAGACGCCAGCCCCGAAGGGUGAGUUAGGUGUGCGAUGCUAGACAGUAUGGUGAGCGAGCCGGAAGUGUACGAGCACCUGGAGGAGGUGGUGGAGGAGAGGACCAACCAGCUGAUGGCGGAGAAGGGGAAGGUGGAUAAGCUCCUGUCCACAGUCCUGCCCAGAUUUUCCGGAGAGCAGCUCAAGGCUGGACGAGCCGUGGAACCUGAGCAUUUUGAGUCUGUGACCAUCUUUUUCUCUGACAUUGUUGGGUUCACGACACUCUGUUCUCUCAGCUCCCCCUUGCAAGUUGUGAAGCUCCUUAAGGACCUCUACAGUGUAUUCGAUAGCAUCGGUAAACUUCGCGGUGUGUACAAGGUGGAAACCAUUGGGGGUGCAUACAUGGUGGCUCGUGGACUUCUCAUCCACAGUGGAAUCCGGCAUGUGGAUGAGAUUGCUACAAUGUCCUUGCACUUCCUCAGCGCCACCAUCCGCUUCCAGACCGGGCACACGCCUCAGGAGAAGCUCAGGCUCCGGACUGGCCUCCACACAGACCCUGUGGUGGCUGGCGUGGUGGGCAUCGCCAUGCCCAGAUACUACCUGUUUGGAUCUCGGAUGGAGAGCAGCAGUCUGUCUCUCCGGAUUCACGUCUCUCAGAGCACUGCGGGCGGCCUGCGGGCAGUGGGAGGGUACGAGCUGCAAAAGAGAGGCACCAUUGCAGUCAAGGGCAAAGGAGAGCAAACCACUGUCUGGCUGAAAGGCAAAGAAGGCUUCACGUCUCCACUUCCUGAAUUUACUGAAGAAGAAGCUGCAGUCCCAGAGAUCUUCUGAGGUCCGGGUUUGAAUGCAGAAGGAGAGGCUAAAUGAGGUCAGACCAUUCUGUACGAAUGAGGAUUUCUUCGGAG